AUGGAAACAGUGAAUGAGAGACUACAGUUUCGGCAAGAAUAUCAAACGCAAGCAGAAAAUCUUCGCUCAGCACAUCUCCUUAAAUACAUUUCUGCCUGGAAAACGUUGACGAAUUUCCUCUCUCUUGGCCUUUAUUAUUGUUGCUUCGAGAUCGAGUAUUAUUAUUUUGAAUUCACGACACAUUAUAUUACUAUUGGACGAUUCUACAGAUUUUUUGUCAAAUGCUUU